AUGGGAGGACAAAAUCUCGUAGGCUUCCUGUUACACCUGGGCCUGCUUUCAACAGGCUAUGCAGCAGCCAGCGCCAUUGACGUCGACAGCGCACGUGCUGAACUUUAUUCCCUCGAAAAACGCGUUGUCCCUGACGCACCAAACGGAUAUGCUCCGGGAGCCGUAAACUGCCCUUCAACCCGACCGUCGAUUCGAUCCGCCAGCGAACUCUCAAGCGAGGAGGUUUCAUGGCUCAACAAGCGUAGGAAUAAUACGAUCCAGCCUCUAAGAGAUUUUCUCACAAGAGUAAAUAUUCCUGGGUUCGACGCCGGGGCAUAUAUCGAUGCGAACCGAAACAAUGCCCGUCGGAUACCAAACAUUGGUAUCGCGAUGUCAGGGGGUGGAUACAGAGCGUUAAUGAACGGCGCUGGUGCAUUGGCUGCUUUCGAUUCCCGAACAAAUAAUUCUACUUCUGCGGGGCAUCUUGGCGGGCUUUUGCAAUCAUCAACUUAUCUUGCAGGCUUGAGUGGCGGCGGGUGGCUUGUAGGAAGCUUGUCGUUGAACAACUUCACUUCCGUCGAGGCGAUUGUCAAUUCGAAUCCCGACGAAAUAGGCUCUCUGUGGCAGUUCCAGAAUUCUAUUUUUGCAGGACCUGAGAAGGGCGAGGUGCAAACGCUCAGCGGCAGGAAAUAUUAUGAAAACAUCAUUGAUGCAGUCAAUUCCAAAAGGGAUGCCGGGUUUAACACCUCUAUUACCGAUCUCUGGGGCAGGGCAUUGUCCUUCCAACUUAUCAAUUCGCCCGAAGGUGGACCAGGAAUUACCUGGUCUGGGAUUUCUGAUGAUCCCGAUUUCACAGCCGCAAAUGUCCCAAUGCCCAUUGUUGUCGCCGACGGACGUGCCCCUGGCGAGAUUAUUAUCUCUCUAAACACAACCGUUUUUGAAUUCAAUCCUUUUGAGAUGGGUAGUUGGGAUCCUACUGUUUUCGGAUUUGCUCCCAUACGAUACGUUGGGUCCAAUUUCUCCCAGGGUGUGGUUGUCAGAAAUGAACAAUGCAUCCGAGGUUUCGAUAAUGCUGGAUUUGUCAUGGGCACUUCGUCUUCCCUUUUCAACCAAUUUCUUUUGAACUUCGAGGGCGUUGCUAGCGCUAUCCCCAGCAUAUUCAGAGGCCUCAUUGAGGGGAUCUUGAACAGCCUUAGUCAGGAUGAGAAUGAUAUUGCCGACUGGACUCCAAAUCCGUUCUAUCGAUGGAACCCCCAGACAAACCCGAGCGCCGAGUCCAAGCGUCUUACACUCGUCGAUGGCGGUGAAGAUCUGCAGAAUCUUCCACUCCAGCCUCUUAUACAACCCGAGCGUGAGGUCGAUGUCGUUUUCGCCGUUGACUCGUCUGCUGAUACUCUUGCUCCUGGUGCGAACUGGCCGAACGGAACAGCCUUAGUUGCUACUUAUGCUCGCUCCAUCAGCGGCAAGCUCAACAAUGGAACCGGAUUCCCAGCUAUCCCAGAUCAAAACACCUUUGUCAACCUUGGACUGAAUACCCGACCAACAUUCUUUGGCUGCGAUGCGUCGAACUUCACCGAUGUCGUGCCACCACUUCUUGUUUACAUCCCGAAUCAUCCUUUCAUAUACAACUCUAAUGUCUCGACAUUCACAAUGUCUUAUAACAUCUCCGAGCGAAACGCUAUUAUCCAAAACGGUUACCUUGUCGCGACUAGAGGUAACUCGACGUUAGACGCGAAUUGGCCUCAGUGCGUUGGAUGUGCGAUUAUGAGCAGGACCUGGGCCAGGAACAGCGCUACCGUCCCUGAUGUUUGCAACCAGUGUUUCAAUCGAUAUUGUUGGAACGGAACUCGGGCGUCUCAGGAACCAGCGGAGCCGUACGAGCCGACCCCUGUUUUCAGUGAGGUCAGCUUGGCCACUUCGAAUAAAAAGAAUAGUGCUAUGGCACUUGCGCCGAGUUUUAUGUCGCUGACGGUCGUUGUCGGCUCGAUUUUUAUGAUUGCGUUUUAA